AGAAAGAGAGAGAGAGAGAAAGAUAAUGGAAGAAAGAGAUAUAUUAUUGUGACGUUAGUAACGCGUUCCUGGAGCAGAAACGAGCGUGAGCACGCGAACACCAUGCUCGAUGAAGGACGUGAACAUGCGAAUACUAUGCUCGAUGAAGGACAGCCCAAGGCGAAACACAGCUGUCUCAUCGCAUUCUCUUCUCCCCUCUUCGCGAAUCUUCGAGGAAACCCGGAGCAGCUUUCACUGAAAAUCUCAUACGCGCUAUCCCCUGAGUAAGAAGGUCAUCAGACAGAGAUCAGCAUCGUCACUAAUGCCAUGACGGAUAACACGGCAUUUACGAUCGGGAACACGCACGGCCACAUGGGCAAGCAGCAGCCGCAGCCGCCUCCAUACCGUGAACCGCUUCGGCAAAAUCUGAUGGUAACACACUCGGAUAUAAAAUUCAAAGCUAAAAGAUGGAGCACCUCGGAGAAGGUUCUUGUGUUUCUUCUCAUCGUUCUGCUAUUGGCCGCCAUCGCCCUGGCGGUGGCGUUGGGAAUUACAUACACCAGAGCGAAGAAAGCCGACGCGGGGACGAGCGCGCCGAUGUGCACGACCUCUGCGUGCGCCCGCACAGAGAGCAUUGAUAAGAAGAAGGACGAGCCGCUGCGAGAGUUCUUGUCAGAGUACGGCAUGGAAAGAUGGCCGAUCUCGGACGCCGAGUGGGAUGAUAGCAGCUACGACCUUACGGAUCUGUUGGGACGAACGUCGAAGGCUGGAUUUUCUAUCCUGUACAGCCUCCGAGCUGGAGUGGACCAGAAGGAUUCUGACAGUCAUAUACUAUAUCUUGACGCCGCAGCACUAGGUUUAGGAUCUACGAGAAAGAAUUACUAUUUAGACGAAAAGUAUGAGAAAUAUUUGAAUGCAUAUAAGGAGUUCAUGAAGGAUAUGGCACGUAUAUAUAAUCCGAACAAAGCCAACGCUGAGAUGGAUGUGGAUAAGAUAUUGCAGUUCGAAAUAGAUCUAGCGAAGGUCGACUGGAAGAGGUACAUAGAUAUUCUGAUGCCACCAAACGUCACCAUUAGCGCCAACGAGACCGUGAUACUCAGAGUGCCAUCAUACAUGGAAGGCGUAGAAAUGAUACUGGCAAGUGGCAAUCAUAGUAAGAGGACCGUCGCCAACUACAUCGCCUUUCGUAUCAUCGACGCCCUAUCUUGGGACCUGGACGAACGCUACCGCCAGGCGGUGCUAGAGUUCUCCAAAGCCACGCUGGGCGUGAAGACGGAGAAACCUCGCUGGAAGCCGUGCGUGAGUACGACGCGACAGACGAUGCCGCUCGUCGCCGGGUACCUGUACGUGAAGAAACGAUUCGCGGGAAAAAGCAAAGAGCUGGCCUUGGAACUUAUUAAUGAGGUAAAGGAAGUGUUUGCCAAGGAAGUAAUACGAGAUAUCGACUGGAUGUCAGCUGCAACUAAGAAGGUUGCCGUAGAUAAGGCCAACGCUGUUCGAGCGUUUAUCGGUUAUCCAGAAUUCAUAUACAAUUCAACGCAGUUGUCCAAGGAAUACAAUUGGGUGCGUGCCUCGCGUGACCAUUUUACGAACUUGAUCAAUAUCUACAAAUAUAGAACCGAGAAAAAUGUGUUGAAACUCCUUAAGCCGGUCGACAAGGACGAGUGGCACAUAUCGCCCGCUGUGUUCAACGCCUAUUACAUGAGGUCGCUCAAUGUGAUGGCACAAUGGAACGCAAACUCAGGGCGAAUCUAUUGCUGACAGCGGAGGUGCGCAGCAAUGUAGAAAGGCAUAUAUAAGCUGGCUGAAAAAGAACAAAGGCACCAAAGAAGCACGCAUUCCUGGUCUUCUGGACUUCACGUGGGAGCAGAUAUGGUAUCUGAUCGAAGCACAGUUGUGGUGUGGUUUGGCCCGUGAUGACAAGAUUAUAGAACACCUAACCGUAGCGCCACAUCCGCUAAUGAAAUACAGAGUAAACGGACCGCUGGCAAACACUGACGAAUUUGGAAAAGUCUGGAAUUGUCCACUCGGAAGCCCAAUGAAUCCUCAACGAAAAUGCGCGAUAUGGUAGACACGUGGCGCCAUCUAUUGACAGUGUCUGCUGUAAAGUUGACUUAGAGACAGCUUUAUACCUCGAUCUAUUAAGUCAAUGUAAUUUAUAUCACGAUCACUUAAUGGGUACUGAAGUUAUUGUGAAAUAUGUGUGAAUAAAUUAGGAAUCUGAUACGGAAUUUGACAAAAUAACACAAUCACGAUACUAUCAAACCCUUAACUGCUAACCAAAAUAAUAUAAAACUAUAAUACGGGCUAACACAUAAAUCUAGUAAUCUAGUAACAAUAUUCAAUGUCGACUGUGCAUAGAUGCAUAGGUAUCGUUCAGAAAUAAAUGUAACGACGUGUUAGCUAACAUGGCGUGGUUGGAUAUAGCUG